AUGGCCGGCAGUGAAAGGGUCGUACGAAGCGGGAGUGAGCCACAUACAGUGCACCUAGAUAGCGGCGCCGUGGAGAACCGCGGGCAAUACGGUCCGGGAGGCAGCCUCAGCCUACUCGGAGAUUCGCGCGUGGCUACCAACAUUCGCGGGUUCUUUGCAAAUCGUUUAGGAAACGCGCUUCCUGAUACAGGAUGGAGGGAAUCGCUGCUUGCAUUGCCGAAGAAAUGGCUGUCCGGAACGCCGCUGGUGCACACAAGUUCGGAAUCGGCUAAGGAUGCUAAUGUGGUUCUCCCCAAACUACCAAUACCUUCCCUGGAACAAACCCUCACAAAAUACGAAAAGACGCUGCAACCAAUACUAGAUGAAUCAAAACAGGAACGACUAAAAAAGCUCAUAGAAAACUUUGGCAGUCCUGCGGGAAUUGGACCAAGAUUACAACUGCAUCUCAUCGACAAAAGUGAAAAGCUUGAUAAUUGGGCGUAUAAAUACUGGCUAAAUGACAUGUACCUCGGAAACCGUGCGGCGUUACCGGUAAACUCAAAUCCUGGAUAUUUACUACCACCUAGAAAAUUUACGACGAUUUUAGAUGUGGCACGUUUCGCCGCUAGAAUAGUUGACGCUGCCUUAGCUCAUAAAGCGAUAUUAGACCGUCGUGCGUUGCCUAUUGAACGCGCCACUUCGAGGGAGCCCGGCCAACCACUAUGUAUGUCACAGUAUUAUAACUUACUUGGUACCACGAGAUUACCUGGGAGAAACGUAGAUAGCCAAUAUAUUCCACUUCCGCCAAAGGAGGGAGAAAAUCCACCGGAACACGUUGUAGUUAUAUGCCGUAACCAAUUUUAUUGCAUACCAGUACAGGCAGCUGAUCGAGGAAGGCUCAAUGAGGAUGAAUUGUGCGCUCAAUUACUGAAUAUCUUAGACGAUGCUCCUUGUUUGGCAAGUGCGCCGCCAGUAGGCUUACUAACCGGUUGGAAAAGGCACAAAUGGUGGGAGGCUAGAGAAAUACUUCAGAAGGACGAUAGAAAUCGUAGAAAUUUAGAAUUAAUCGACAAAUCGCUGCUGAUAAUCUGUCUGGAUGAGCCAUUGCCUACGUCGUUUAAUGUUAGGAAUCAUCGAGGCGGUGAAGGUCACACAGCAGGAGGUAGAGACGAAACGAACCUUUUUUUGCAAAUUCUGCACGGAGGUGGCAGCACUUACAAUUCAUCAAACAGAUGGUUCGAUAAAACGUUGCAAUUUAUCAUUUCCGGCGACGGGGUAUGUGGUGUUUGCAAUGAACACUCUUUAAGCGAAGGCGUGGUCGUAGUGCAAUUAAUUGAAAAAUGUCUUAAACAUAUCGAAUCCCUGCCUAACAACACAGAAGUUCCUACCGCAUUUACUAGUCAUUUACCACCACCUGAACGACUGGAAUGGGUGCUAGAACAAGAAGAUCACAAGAGAAUUGAGGAGGCCGCUGUCGAAUUAGAUAACUUAAUUAAAGAUCUGGAUUAUCAAGUGUAUAGGUACGAAGGAUACGGAAAGGACUUUAUUAAGUCAUGUCACAUUAGUCCUGAUGUGUUCAUACAAUUAGCUUUACAAUUAGCAUAUUAUAAACUUAAUGGUAAACUGACAGCGACGUAUGAAAGCGCUUCGACGAGGAGAUUUCGCAUGGGACGCGUGGACUGUAUCCGUUCUGCGACACCGGAAGCAUUGAACUGGGUGACCUCUAUGACUCAACCAAAGGAAGGCGAUGAUUUGGGCAACAAGAAGGUGACGUUUCAGUUAGCAAGCGACAGUGACGUUUCAGAACUAUGGAAUGCGGCGGUUAAGGAGCAAACUAAAGAAAUGAUAGAUAACAUACUAGGGCAGGGUAUAGACAUACACCUUUUGGGUUUGCGAGAAGCGGCGAAAGACACCGCACCAACCGCCAUGUCUCAGCUUCCCGAAUUAUUUACUGAUGAGACAUAUCGCCUUGCAAACUCAUUUUUGCUUUCAACAAGCCAAGUUGCAACUUCUACAGAUAGCAUUGUGGGGUACGGACCCGUUGAACCCAACGGUUACGGUGCCUCUUACAACCCGAAACCUAAGUCAAUUGUUUUUGGUAUAUCCGCGUUUUGGUCCUCCCAAACUACAAGUACUUCCAGAUUUACUCAAGCGCUAGAGGAGAGCCUGAAUAGCAUACAACAGUUAUUGACAAGGAUUCGUCAGAAUGGUAACUAAAUCGUACAUAUUCGUCAAUUCGUAUCCGGUGCAGUGUGGCCAAUUUUUGUUUGUGCAAUCUUGUUGCAAACUUACAACAUUGGUGUCCAUGAAAUAAGGAGGUCACCAUCUUUUCUAUACAUGUAAGUAAAAAAAAAUGGGUGAUACAAGGAAGUGGCGUUCUUUUCCAAAUAAAGCGCCCAUAAUGUGUCACUAAAAUCCCAAAAUUUACGUUUCUACUUUAAUUUUGUUUUUCCAGUCACUAUUUAUAUGUUUUUGGUUGUGACCUUUCUGUUGCUGCAAAGUGUUACCAUAGUUCCUACCCAAUAAUGAUAUACCUCUAAACUGGAUUGAGAUGAAGAAACUAGGGUUGCGAAAAUGUAAUCUAGCUUUACCAAAAAGAUUUGGAUCUGAUGGAUCGUAAUAUUUGAAAUUUUUUUGAAAUUCAUAACUGAGAGUCUUAUUGCCAGACGGAAAGAAUGGAUUUAUUUCUAAAUAGAUAAAGGGCCAAUCCACUCAAUUUCUCAAAUUCGGACGUAAUUCGGCUAAUAAUUGCAGUUAGAUUUUUUUUAUUUAAUAAAACGAUUGUGGGAUGAUUCGCCACCGAAAAUUCGCCCCGGUAAAUUCGCUCCUGAAAAUUCGCACCCGGAAUAUUCGCCCCCAAGGAAACUCGCCCCCAAGUAAAUUCGCCGCCGGACUAUUCGCCUCCGUAAGAUUCUCCCCGGAAAAUUCGCCCCCGGCAAGUUCGCUCCCGACAAAUUCGCUCCUGGAAGAUUCGCCCCCGGCGAUUCCACUCCCGUAGGAUUCUCCCCAUAAGAUUUAUUAAUCCUCGGAGAUAACAGGGCCAGCAGUUCUGUUUAAUAUGCUACCAAACCAACCUAUUACUUCCGAGGGUAAUUAUAUGGGGCGAAUCCUACGGGGCCAAUUUUUCGGAGGAGAAUUUGUUGGGGGCGAAUAUUCCGGGGACGAAUUUGUUGGGGGGCGAAUACUCCGGGAGCGAAUUUACUUGGGGGCGAAUAUUCCGGGGGCGAAUUUACCGAGGCGAGUCUUCCGGGCCGAAUUUACCGCACACCAAUGAAACGCAUUUAACAUUAUUUCCAUGUUGAAAAACUACCAAACACAGUCGAUAUCAGAUAUUUGUUGCACUCCCGUUUAGGUCUAUCACCUUGGGAUAGAAAUUUGGGUAAAGAAAAAGCAGCUAAUUUUAACUACCUACUUAUACGUUAUAGGUACUUAAGUAGUCAAAGAAGAAACACAAAGUUUGGGACUUUGGGAGCGUAGUCCGCAAACAGAAGAUUUUGGAAUAUUGAUUUAUUUAGAAAAAAAUGGUUUGGUUCGUCCUCCAUCACGUACCUAUUUUUUGGUGGGUAAUUGUAACACCCUGUAUGCUGAAAGACCGAAAUAGCGAAACCUAAUCUAAGUUGAAAGAAAACAACGCGGUCCCACCAUUGAUUUUCUUAAAAGCGCCAGUUUUUAGUUAUGCAAUUUCUUGAUUUCAAAGUUCAAAAAAUUACUUAGUACUUAUGCCUGGAUUCGUAAUUUUUUUUCUACAAAAAACCUAAAUAAACUUUAUCUCUAAAAUAAUUAGGAAAGCCAAUAAUCAGAAAUGAAAAAUUACUAUUGAAAUUUCGAUGGUACAUUGUUACCACCUGGUAUGUUCAUGAAACAUCGACCUUUCACGUGAGUUUCGUCGGUCCAAAAAAGUGGAAAUGGAGUGUAAUUGAAACUGUUGUCGUCAUACACAGCAACCAUUCUGCGAUUAAUCUUGAUCGCCUUCACCUUCAGCUGUCAGAAAACGCACAACGCUGUCACUUUAAACAAUUGCCAUACAGCCUCCCCUAGCGGCCAAUACGGAAAACCAUGCUUAGCUGUGUACCUGACAGUACGGCUUAUAUUUUCGACCAAUCGAAAGGCUCCUGUACCUAUCUCCUCACGCAUAAGACCCGCGGACCGCUUUUGAUGGGACUCACCUUAAUAAUAUUGGCCCACAAAACAGAAAAACGAGCACACCGGUUUCUAUUGCACUUUCCCUUACCUCAGUUUACCAUGAAACAAGUGAAAAGGUAUUCGCUAUUUUCCAUGCAUUAGAUCAGUACUUCCCCAAAAGGCCAUAGCUAUUAUGGUAUGGUUAAAAUUUCCAAUCUUCAUAAAUAAGAGGAUUGGCAUUUCGCAAUCUGCGCAUGCGCAUA